UCUCGUAUCCAAACAGAUCUUCUGUUGAGCUCUUAUUCAACCAACCCUAACCAGCAAGGACCCAUCUUCCGUAAUGGCGUCGGAGAAGCGAUGCCACUACGAGGUCCUCGGCCUCUCUCGCGACUGCACCGCAGAGGAAAUCCGCUCUGCAUACAGGAAACUAGCUCUUCAGUGCCACCCCGACAAGCUAAUCCAAUCCGGCUUGAGCCAAGCUGAAGCCACUGCUAAAUUUCAGGAGCUUGCACAGGCUUACGAGGUCCUCUCCGACCCUAAAGAACGCGCCUGGUACGAUUCUCACCGCUCUCAGAUCCUCUUCUCCGAUCCUAAUUCAGCUAACUCGGUCCCUGGCUCUGUCAUCCCUAAUUUAUUUUCUUUCUUCUCUAACACGGUAUAUUCGGGUUACACGGAUACGGGCAAAGGGUUUUACAAGGUGUAUUCGGAUGUUUUUAACAAAAUCUAUGCUAAUGAGAUCAGCUUUUGUAAGAAACUAGGGUUGAGGUUGGAUAGUCUGAGGGAGGCGCCGGUAAUGGGGAAUUUGGCAAGUCCGUAUGGGCAGGUUACAGCGUUUUAUAAUUACUGGUUGGGGUUUUGUACCGUAAUGGAUUUUUGUUGGGUGGAUCAGUACGAUGUGAUGGCCGGACCAAAUCGGAAAUCAAGGAGGGUGAUGGAGGAGGAAAACAAGAAGCUGAGGAAAAAGGCUAGGAGGGAGUAUAAUGAGACGGUGAGGGGACUGGCGGAGUUUGUUAAGAAGAGGGAUAAAAGAGUGAUUGAUAUGAUGGUUAAGAAGAAUGCAGAAUUGGAGAAAAAAAAGGAGGAGGACAGGGAGAGGAAGAAGAAGUUGGAGAGAGAGAAAAUGGAGAGAGCUAGAGCAUAUGAGGAGCCGGAGUGGGCAAAAAUUGAUGAAGAGGAUGUGGAGGAGGUGGAGGGGUUUGAGGAUGAAGGAAAGAGUAAGAAGGGGAAUGAAGGGAAAGAGUUGUAUUGCGUGGUUUGUGGAAAAAAAUUUAAGAGUGAGAAGCAAUGGAAGAAUCACGAACAGUCGAAAAAGCACAAGGAGAAGGUGGCUGAAUUCAGGGAGUCUUUUGGAGACGAAGAAGAAGAGACGGUGGAAGAUUUUGAGGAGGAUGAACAAGAAAACAAUGGGGAAAUUCUUAACAAUGUGGAUGCAGUAGAUGAGAGGUUUAGAGAGGGUUUUAAGAUAAGGGAGGAGGAGAAUGGGGUUGAGAAUCCAGAAUUGUCUGAUGAGGAAGAUGGGUUCUUUGAUGUUGAGGACGGUGACGAGGUUGAAGGAUUUGAUGUGGCAGAUGGGAAUCUUGAUGACGAUGAGGCUGAUGAUGGUGAUGGGGAAAUGAGUGUACUUGAAGCAAUGGUAACUGGGCACAAAAGUAGGAAAAGUAGGGGUUCACGGCACGUGAAUGAGAAUUCUCCCGUGGAAGUUCGUGUUGAGGAUGUGAAUGAGGAGUUGGAAGUUAUGGAAUAUAACAACCGGAAAAGUAGGAGGAGGAGAGGCAAGAAAGAGACGGGUAAGAAUUAUGAGGGCUUGUCUGAAAAGGGUGAUUUUGUUGAAAGAAGUCCAGAUGGUGAAAAUAAUGGAGAUGAUGCCAGGCCAACGGAGGAGUCCCCUUCUCAUUCUUUUGGGGAAGAUGAUGCUGGUAAUGACAACAAUAAUGUGAGAAAGAAUCAUAAAAAUUCAUACCAUCCUGUCAACAAUAAAGGGCCUGCAAAGAAGGAAUCAAAUAACAAAACCAAAAGCCUUUCCAAAGGAAAGAAAGGGAAGGCAGCAGCGAAUAAUUCUGGCAAUGUAUGUGAGAAAUGCGGAGAGGAAUUUGAAUCAAGGAAUAAAUUACAUAAGCAUUUGAGCGACACAGGACAUGCUUCACUAAAAUUCAGAUGAUUUUUUUUAUUAAUAUUUUUCUUUGGGAGGGUGCUUGGGGGGAGAUAGAAGAGGUGGUGAGCUAAUAGUUCAAUAUACACAAAAUAACAAGAACCAGAAGUGAAUACCAGACACAGCCUGUUGAAGGUGCAGGCUUUUUCGUUUUCAAUCUAAAAGCAAGAAAGUGCUUGCACCCUAUUGAGGUGGGAUAUUUAUCAUUGUUUUGUUGCUAAUUGCAAAUUGUAUGUCAAUUUUGAAGAGUUACUAAACUAUCUGCAAAUGAAUUCUUUCAAAUUUUAAGAAACGUUACUUGUAAAAGUUGUCUUUAA